UCCUGCAAAGCAGAACCCCCCACCUCCUGCUCGGCCCCUUGUCUUCUCCAGCCUGCGACCCCGGCAGCUUCCCCUGGCCCGGCCCAGCCCAGCGCGGCCCCGGCUGAGCGCAAGGCUCUGGUUAGCUGCAGCCGCGAGCAUCAUGAGAGCGCUGCCUUCGCCGGUGCUGCUCUUACUCCUGCUGGCUCCCGGAGCCUGGGCUAGCGUAUUCUUCCCUUCGCCCAAGCAGCAGCCGCAGCCUCAGCCGCCUGUGCCGCCGGAGGUAAGCCCCUGGUCGGGGCCGGGGAAUGUCACCCAGCUGGAAGGAGAGGCGGCGGUGGGCGGCAGCGCCAACCGGAGUGAGACCUUGGUGACCCGCAUCUCCAGCCUGCUCCGGGACCUCCCCACCCUUAAGGCGGCCGUGAUCGUGGCGUGCGCCUUCACCUCCUUCCUCAUCGCCUGCCUGCUGCUCCGGGUGUUCAGGUCUGGAAAGAGAAUAAAGAAAACCCGGAAAUAUGAUAUAAUCACAACUCCAGCAGAGAGAGUAGAAAUGACUCCUUUAAAUGAAGAAGAUGAUGAUGAGGAAGACUCAACAGUUUUUGAUGUCAAAUACAGGUAUAUGUACAGGUAAAAACUACUUUUCUGGAGUUGAGGCACACCAUGGAAAAUCAGUCAGCUAUUGAAAGCCCUGCUGGACCCUGAAGUGUGAAAGGGAGGAUGGAAGUCAUCGUCUCUGAAGCAUUGAUACCAAAACAAAUAUUCCCUCUGACUCCAGAAACUUAUUUAUAAACUGUUCAGCAGCAGGCGGGCCUGUGUUGAACUUCUGUGUCAAAAUGUCAGAAUUAAGCUCUUCAUUUACAAACCACUACCUUAGGUUAACCUGUGUCACUCCUUUGAAUGUCUCUUUCAAAUGCCACCAGGCUCCAGUUCUCUCUUCUUGAAGAGGUUCUUUGAUAAGGGGGGAAGGGUAGAAACUCUUUUUUAUUUUUCUCCUUUUAAAGCAGAUUUCUGCAAGAUGAGAAUAUUAAAAAAUAAUAUCCAGACCCCAAGUAUUAAAAAGCCAGAAGAAAAUUCAUUUCUACGAUUUAGAAUUAGAUGCUUUUUCUUGUUUGGCUCUUGAGUCUUGAGAUUUGAGGUUAUACCAACCUCUUGGCUGCUUUAAAUUCCAGCCACUUGCCUUAAUCUUUUGGUGAGUGUGUUUCAUGGAAAAGCAGAUUUCAACAAUGGUGGCUAGUGGCUCUAUGCUAAACCAGCCUUGCUAGGAUUGUGUGUUUAUAUGUGACAGACUUAUUGGUGAAGAAAAUUGUGAUGGCUUGCUACUGAUUUCGACAAUUGCACUAGCCCCUACUGAAUCAUGCUAUUCCUCAUGCUCCAGUGGAGCAAAUUGGUGUCUGAAAUGAAGUAGUUUUUGUUAGGCUUAUUAUUUUUUUUUUUAAAGAGUGUGAGUUCAACAGAAUUAGGCAUGGCUGGUUUGAAAAGAAUUGUGGAUUUCAGGAAAAAAUAUAUUUUUAUGAUUUUUCCUCCUCUGCUGGGAAAAUAAAACGCCAGGCAGCUUUUCAUUUGUGUAAAA